CUUUAUAUAUAAACAUAGGUCUUGCACCUUUUAUGGGCACAUCCCAAACAAAAUAUGAAUUCUCUUCCACCAUCAUGCACCACCAUUCCCACCCAUUCUUCAUGUGCAUUUUUCAAAAACACAUUCCAAGUUCCCACAAUUGGAAAGAGCAAGCAUUGCUUUAAAGUAUCAUGCAAGGCCAUAGAUGGUGAUACAAAUGAAAAAACCCCAAAUCCAAAUCCACCAAAGCUCGAUAGAAGAAAUAUGCUUAUUGGCUUAGGAGGCUACGGCGCCGCCACCCUCGCCGGAAACCCACCAGCCACCGCUUCUCCGAUCUCCCCACCGGACGUAACCAAAUGCGGCCCCGCCGAACUACCCUCCGGCGCGAAACCCACCAACUGUUGUCCCCCAAAAUCGACAAAAAUCAUCGAUUUCAAGCUUCCGCCGCCGCCAACCAUCGUGAGAGUCCGACCCGCCGUCCAUUUAGCCGAUGACGAGUACAUAGCCAAGUUCUCAAAAGCACUUGCUCUAAUGAAAGCACUUCCCGAAGACGACCCUCGUAGCUUCACUCAACAAGCCAAUGUUCACUGCGCUUAUUGCGACGGAGCUUAUCACCAAGUCGGCUUCCCAGACCUCGAGCUUCAAGUCCACAACUCAUGGCUCUUCUUCCCCUAUCAUCGAUACUACCUCUACUUCUUCGAAAAGAUUUUGGGAAAACUAAUCGGCGAUCCCAGUUUCGCAAUCCCUUUCUGGAAUUGGGAUUCCCCGAUCGGAAUGAGCAUGCCGCCGAUCUACGCCGAUCCAAAAUCGCCGAUGUACGAUCGGCUCCGCGACGCCAAGCACCAGCCGCCGAUCACGAUCGACCUCGACUACAAUUUAACUGAUUCGAAAAGCCCUUCUGAGAAGCUCAUUUCGAACAAUCUCACUAUUAUGUAUAGACAAGUUGUUUCGAGUGGUAAGACUGCAAAGCUCUUUUUGGGAAGCGCUUAUCGGGCUGGGGAUGAUCCCGACCCGGGAGCUGGGGCUUUGGAGAAUAUUCCCCACGGGCCAGUUCAUAUAUGGUGCGGGGAUCGGACCCAACCCAAUAUAGAGAAUAUGGGGAACUUGUAUUCGUCGGGCCGGGACCCGAUGUUUUUCGCCCAUCAUGGGAAUGUGGAUCGGAUGUGGACCAUCUGGAAGAGUUUGGGUAGGCGGGAUUUUACCGACCCGGAUUGGUUGGAUUCCGGGUUCUUUUUUUAUGAUGAGAAUGCUCAGCCUGUCAAAGUGAAGGUCAAGGAUUGUUUGGACAUGACAAAGCUAGGGUAUGUAUACCAAGACGUGGACAUCCCAUGGCUGAAAAGUCGGCCAACCCCUCGCGUCUCAAAACUUUCCCGGAAAACAAACAAGGCCGGCGUAGCCAAGGCGGCCGAGACACAACCAACCUUCCCAACAAAACUCGACAAGGUGGUGCGAGCGACGGUUCAGAGACCGAAGAAAUCAAGAAGCAAGAAAGAGAAAGAAGAAGAAGAAGAAAUACUAGUGAUCGAUGGGAUCGAGGUCGAAAGAGAUCAAUUUGUGAAGUUCGAUGUGUUCAUUAAUGACGGAGAUGAGCCAGUGAUCGGACCGGAGAACUCGGAGUUUGCCGGAAGCUUUGUGAAUGUGCCACAUAGGCAUAAGCAUGGGAAGAAGAUGAAGACUUGCUUGAGGUUAGGGAUAAGUGAGUUGUUGGAGGACUUGGAAGCUGAAGAUGAUGAGAGUGUUUUGGUUACUCUGGUCCCAAGAAAGGGUUCUGAUGCUUUGAUCAUUGGUGGUAUCAAGAUUGAGUUUGAUUCCUAAUACUCUGUUUAAAUGCUAGGGUGAGAAAAGAAAAGAAAAGAAAAUAUGACCGUAAUAUAUCAUUUAGGUGAGAAAAUAAAAAUAAAAAUAGAAUGACUGUAUUUUUUUAUUUUAUUAUCGUGUUUGAAUAAUUGAGAAAAGAAAGUAUGUGAAUUUUAAACUGUAUUUUAAGGAAUUAUCUUAAUAUUAUAAAUGUUUUAUAACCAAA